CAUAACACGCAACACCAAGACGACCGAUGCGGUAACACCAAGACAACUGAUGCGGUGCUCCGUGCGUCCCCCGCUCUCUUGCCCUUUUCUCUUCCUUAUCACCGUCUUCUUGUUCUUGAUCUCAGCCUCCUCCUCCGUCUCCGUCUCCGUCGCCGUCGCGGAUGACGAUGUCUCGGUCGUCGCCCACCCUUCCAAGAUCGUCCUGCCCCCAGGCCGCACCGUGGAAGGCUCCCCCGGCGCCCUCCUGUCCUGCAACCGCGUCCACAUCCAUGGCUUCUCGCGGCUCCGUCACCCCUCCAAAUACCCCCGAGCGCUCAAGGUCAGGGUCUCCGUCGACGAAGGCGACACCCUCUUCCGCAUCCAGACCGUCGAGAUCUGCUUCCACAAGAACAUGUCCAUCGGGUUAGGAAUGUGCCCCUCUGGGCAGUGGCAGAAGCUCUCCAAGACUGCUUGGGUCAAAUCGAUGUCUCCAUACGAGCACCGGAUCUUGGACAUGCGGAUGCCACCGGACCCAUCAAGAUCGAUUGAGGUCUCAACCGAAGAAGAAAUUCUGGUACAUCGUUUGGUCUUUCUAGUAUUGGGGAUGGUUAUGAUGGCAGCAGCUCAUAGUCUGAGCGAGUCAGUGGUCUUCUAUUACGGUGGUGCGAUGACCUUAGGGAUCAUAGUGGUGAUGCUUGUCAUCCUUUUUCAGGGCAUGAGGCUAUUGCCAACAGGACGAAGGAGCUCACUAGCUAUAUGUCUUUAUUCAUCCAUCGUUGGCGUUGGGGCCUUUCUUCUUGGUUAUCUAUCUGGAUUAUUGCGAACUAUACUUGUUGAGAUAGGAAUUAGUGAAGACAUGCACUAUCCUUUGGUCAUAUUGCUUCUUGUAUGCCUUGUGUUAGCUGGGGCUUGGUUUGGUUAUUGGGGUGUCCGGAAAUUUGUAUUGACAGAGGAAGGAUCGGUUGAUUCUAGUGUCGCUUAUUUUAUUGAAUGGGCAACGCUGAUACUUUCUGCAGUUCUAAUACUUCAGAGCUCUUUGGAUGCUCUUUUUGCAGCAGAGAUACUAGGUCUUACUAUUAGUAUACUGGCUAUAACGAAGAGAAAAAGAUUACGAUAUUUACGACGCAUAUUCAGGCGAAUGACCAGGCCCAUUCGUAGAAGAGGAGAUGAACUUUGGCCAUCCGACCACCCUCGAGAUGAUUUUGAACUGGUUUCAUCUUCAGAGCGCCGUUGCUGCCUGCUUGUGCAGGGCGGAGUUCGACGCCCUCGCCAGAGAUAUUGCUCAAGGACAACUACUGCUCCACGUUCCAUCGCAUCCCCGGGAGGAGGCGUUACACGAGGGAGGAGUGGGAUGCAUUUACAAAGGAGCAGACCAGGAAAGGCCUCAUGGAGUUGGCGUCUACUGACGAUUUCCAGAGGUGGGCACUACAGAAUGUGGAGAGGCUGCACCUGACGCCAUCCCCCCAAGAUAACCGGCGUGAACGACGACGACGCCUCUUCCCAUGGUUUUGAGCAUCCAUGUCGGUCUGUCAUUCCGUAAAACGUCCAACUAUGAUGUAUAUAUGAGAGUGAGAGUGAGAGACUGAAGGAGCCAUUAAUUAACAAUAUUGUGAAUGUACUAGACGUGCAUUCACAAUUGUCAAUGACAAAAGAUUACAUUAGUUACGUCGAUUGAUUGAUUUA